AGAAGAAUACUAGUUAACAUUAGGCUCAAAAUUACAUAACUAGCCGAAAUCGCUGGCAUGGAAGGCGAGGAGAAGGCACUAGCGGCUACGGAGGAGGACUGCCGCGUGUAUGUAGGGAAUCUACUGCCCAAGGCUAAGGAAAUCCACCUCACCAGCAAAUUUGCGCGCUUCGGGACGAUCCACAGCGUCUGGAUUGCACGCAGACCUCCAGGAUUCGCUUUCGUGCGGUUUGCAAGUCCAGAUGCGGCGCAGCGAGCAGUGGAUACGUGUCGGGAAGGUGGAGCCAUGGAGAUCUUAGGGAAGGCCGUGCGCGUUCAAAUGGCCGGGGAUAAGGACCGGAAGCACUCGACAGAGCAGAAGCAUAUUUGCAGCACAAUCACAGCAAAGGAGCGAGAUCUUAACGCAGUCAAAAAUGGGGAUCACGACCGGAGGGAUAGACGUCACAGCUCUAGACGCGGUGAGAGGUCGGACGACUCACGUGGAUGUGUUCGACGCAAGAGCACCAGUGAGAGGCGUCGAGUAAGAGAUAGCGAGCGACGUCACAGGAGAUCGAGUAGCCGUGAGAGAUAUGAACGCCGUUCAAGGUCAAGGUCGAUAUCAGAACGCAAAAGACAAAGUAGAUCCAGAUCCAGACGGCGAGACGAGGAUCGAAGUAGAAGACGAUGUCGGGAUCGGCGAAGUCACGAGCGAGUAAGGAGGAGUAGGAGCCGACGGUAAAACAAGUACUUAAAAAUGGUUGGAGUUGCGCUUUUGCGCCCUAGCUGCAACUAAUCUACGAGCUGUUGUGGAACGGACCUGAUUCGGCUCGGCCCUUGAUAUCUAUGGCGGCUAGAACCAUGAAAUGAUGCCGAUGAAGGAGCUUGAACGGAUGACCUAUCAUUGAUCGACAUGAGGAAUGCCACCGGAAUUCGAACCGAAGCAGCACUGCAGAGACAGGAAAUGUUCGUUGCUGACAAGGACAUUGGCGUGUUUUUCACUGCAGUGCCAGGUGCGUUCAUGAUUCCUCAACACCAGCGAAGACACAAGUCCUAUUGUUCUUAUCCAAACCGGCUUGCGAAGGUAUGAAAACGAAGGUAUAUGAACCAUUUACUGUUAGAAUAAGCGAGAUACAGACUGAUCAAUCGGAAUCAAGGAGCUAAGACCAUCCAGAAUGGAUACCGAUGUGCAGUCCAGCAACUGAUCGCUCGUAGAUAUACUCUCCCAGUCGUGCACUA